CACACGUGACCGGGCGCGUCAAUGCGCACUGGAGACGGAGCAAGGGCACCCGAGCCAUCCGCCUCAUUUGCAGACAGAGAGCCCUGCGACCCCGACGGCACUCGGACACGGGAACUUCGUGUGAGAUACGCGUUCGGAUUAUUUAAUCUUAGAGGAUUCGACUACUUUAAAAAUAGGUCUCGAGGCUCGGCGCGCGGACGCAACCGGAGGAGGGGGGGUUUCUCGCUCUCUCUCUCUCUUUUUCUCGCUCGCUCUCUCGCGCUUUUUAGACGCAACUCAACUCGUGUGUGAGAAUCAGCCCCGGAUUUGCUCGCCGGCUCUUUGGACGAAUGGAAGGCUGACUGGUGCCAGAAGAUCACAUCCUCUGCAGACGUGUGGCAUAUUUAGAAGCGUACAGAUUUAACAAAUAUAUAUAUAAUAAUUAUAAGGCCUCGUCCUGCUGGAGAGCCCCACUCCGCGCAGUCGGAUCAAGGAUUUUGUGGAUUAAUGCUCUUGGAAGACGCGACGGAGAGCCUCGUUUUUCUUUUUUCUUUUUUUCUUCAUGGGAUAAUUGUGUGGUAGCGUUGCGGCUUAAUUAGGCCCCGAUCUGUGUGAUUUUCACCACAGCUCAUUUAGCAAAGAUUGAACGAUAUUUGACACUUAUAUGUGCUGAGAAUCGGAACUUGUUUUAAAAGGGAGAGGUGUUGGUGGUGGGGGGCGGCGCGCGCGCGAGGGGGGUCCGCUCACAGCGCAUCGCCACGGGAAUAAUUUGUAUACAGGUUCCGGCUUCAUGCUGCUAUAGAUUACAUUUUUUAUAGGCUGGUCUUAACCACCGGGAUAUGAUGGUUAUCUAUCCCCUGAGAAAAAGCUGACUGUCCCGGGAACCCCGGCUGCUUUUUGGUGAUCAAGUCUGCAGGAAGAGGCAACAGAGACUGGCGCAUGCUACAGACUUCCUCUGCUUAUCCAGCUCCCGGUUCUUCCACCGUCUUUCCUCAGGCUGCUUGUCAUUGCCUGGACUCGGAUCCCGGAAUCUUCAUGAUUUGCGGACACCAUGCUCGUUUUUUAGCCGGGGAACCCUCUUUUCGUCCCGCAUGUUUAGGACCAAACGAUCGGGGCUCGUCCGGCGACUCUGGAGGAGCCGCGCGCCCGUGGAGGGCGACGGGGAGACGGAUAGAGGGACGCAUGGCACCGGAGGCUGCUGCAUGGGCAAAGCGACAAAGGUGGCCAAGUCCAACGCCGGGUCGGAGGCUGAAUUGAAGUCGUUGACCCACUCCGUACUGAAGAAGAUCAAAGAGAAACAAUUAGAGCUGCUUCUGCAGGCGGUGGAGUCCAAGGGGGGUGCCCGAAGCCCUUGCUUGCUCCUGCCGGGCAAGGCAGACGCCAAAGUGGGUCAACAGUCUUACUCCCUCCCCAUGCUGCUCUACAAAGUGUUCCGGUGGCCGGACCUCAGGCAUUCCUCGGAGCUCAAGAGGCUGUCUUGCUGUGAAUCCUACGGGAAAAUCAACCCGGAGCUCGUUUGCUGCAACCCGCACCACAUGAGCAGACUUUGUGAACUCGAAUCUCCUCCACCUCCGUAUUCGCGGUAUCCCAUGGACUAUCUGAAACCACCAGAUUCUCCAGACUCUGGACCAUCAUCUAGUGAUACUGUGGGAACGACGUACUCGGCCCCUGUGGGGCUCUCAGAUUCCCUGGCACUGCAGGAGUCUGGCGAUCGGGCCCACUGGUGCGUGGUGGCUUACUGGGAGGAGAAGACACGCGUCGGGCGCCUCUACUCGGUCCAGGAGCCCUCUCUGGACAUCUUCUACGAUCUACCUCAAGGGAACGGCUUCUGCCUGGGCCAGCUCUGCUCCGAAAACAAGUCCCAGCUGGUGCAGAUGGUGCGGGCCAAGAUCGGCUACGGCAUCCAGCUGACGCGCGAGCCGGACGGGGUGUGGGUCUACAACCGCAGCUGCUACCCCAUCUUCAUCAAGUCGGCCACACUGGACAACCCGGACUCGCGCACGCUGCUGGUGCACAAGGUGUUCCCCGGGUUCUCCAUCAAAGCUUUUGACUAUGACAAAGCCGGCAGCCUGCAGAGGCCCAACGACCACGAGUUCACGCAGCAGCCGCGCACGGGCUUCACGGUGCAGAUAAGCUUCGUGAAGGGCUGGGGCCAGUGCUACACCAGACAGUUCAUCAGCAGCUGCCCAUGCUGGCUGGAAGUCAUCUUCAACACGCGAUAGCAGGAGCUUUCCUCUUCUUCACCCCUCCUCCUCCUCCUCCUCCUCCUCACAAACAGACUACACCCUCUUUUCCUUGUUUUGUUUUCAGAGAGGUCCAAACAGUGGAAAGAAAUGUUUCACAAGAAGAAGAAGAAGAAGAAAGUAUAACAACUCUGACGGACUUUGUUUAAUAAA